GGGCCUCGGCGCCUCCCCUCCUCCCCACUCCCAGCGGGCUGCUUCCCCUCCCCCUCCGGAGGGCAGACUGGGCGCCUGCACCCGGAGGGCGGGGCUUGGGAGUCCAAGCAGAUGCCUCCGCGUGCCUCGCUGGCUGCAGCCCAGGCACCCGCGACCCCCUCUGCAAGGGAGACGAAGAAAGAUAGUUUUUAAGUGGGCACGCACGUGGCCUUCCCCAACUGGGGCUUUUGUAUUUAAAGGAGGAGGAGAGAAAGGACACUGGGUGAUUCGUCACUAGAAAUAGCACGUCCGUAGUAAGCAGCAGCGUUUUGGGGAGGCCCCAGGUGAUAUUCUUGAAUUUCAUGGUCCAGAAGGAACAGGAAAGACAGAGAUGCUGUAUCACGUAACAGCACGGUGCAUACUCCCAAAAGCGGACGGCGGCCUGGAAACAGAAGUCAUGUUCAUUGACACCGAUUACCACUUCGAUCUGCUUCGGCUCGUUACGAUUCUGGAGCACAGGCUGGCGCAGAGUUCGGAGGAGACAGUCAAGCGCUGCCUCGGAAGGCUGUUCCUGGUGCACUGCGGCAGCAGCCCGCAGCUGCUGCUCACGCUGCACUCCCUGGAGACGCUGUUCUGCGGCCGCCCCGCCCUCUGCCUCCUGGUUGUGGACAGCUUGUCGGCUUUCUACUGGGUGGACCGGGCCAACGGCGGGGACAGCGUGGGCCUGCAGGAGGCCCCUCUGAAGAGGUGUUCUCAGGUCCUGGAGAAGCUGGUCCAGCAGUACCGCUUGGUGCUCCUGGCCACCACACAGAGUUUAAUGCAGAAAGCCUCGGACUCCGGCGAGGGCCCGUCCUCGGCCUCCCGCCGCCCGGGGGACGCGGACGCCGGCGUGGACUACCGGCCCUACCUCUGCGAGGCGUGGCGGCGGCUGGUGACGCGCAGGGUCUUCUUCUCCAAAGAUGGCGCCAAAGCCACCAACCAGUUUUCUUUGCUUUCACGUCAUUUAAAGAGUAACAGUGUGAAGAAGCACUUUUUUACUAUCGGAGAAAGUGGGGUUGAGUUUUGUUGAUAUGGGUCGAAAUAGUCUUGCAGGACAUUAUGCAAGUUUUAAAAAGUCAUCAAUAGGCUACAGUGGCUCAGUUCUGAAGUUGUGAACUCCAAGGGAAUCACCAGUGUUUCUGCACGGAGUGGGUUUCUUACCCCAGCAUGGCGACCGACACCUUAGAGUAUUCUGCUCCCGGGUUGCUGGAGAUCCAUCAAAGCGAUACUGACAAUUAAACCAUAUGUUAGGCUUGCUUUAAACUAAAUAAAUCCUAUGCUCAUUUUAGCCUAAAUAAAAUGGACUUUUUUUUAACUUGGUGUCACAUUUUUGGAACUCAGUGAUGUGUUCCGGAAAGGUUGCAUUUCUAUUUUCUGACAUGUAACUCUUUCCGGACGCUGUGCCUUUAGAAGAUGCUUCUGUAGACACGGCCUUCCUGGAAACGCGAUGGAAACCAGCCACCCACCUGCCUUUCCCACCAAGAGCGAUGGAAAGUCGGGGCAUUUUAACCCGGGCUCCUUACGCCGAAUUCCGAGAUGGUGUCGUAUUAUGGCUGGGCGUCUGUGUCAUUCCUUAAACACAGGACACAGGACAUAAGAUAACCGCCCAAGGAAUUCCGUGAAGAGUGUUUUGCAGUUUUUAUCUCCGGCUUGUUAAGUGACAGACGAGUGUUGAAACUGUGCUAGAACUGUGCGUCACUAGUGUUUGCGUACCCGCCGGUGUUUAUAACGCUCCCGUACGCCCUGGAAUGGCUUGGGUCGUAUCUGUGGCCAGCCCAGCGAGACUGUGUGCUCUGGCCCCGGGACGGCUGGACGGGGAGCUCACGCCUCAAGGGGCCCAGAAGGCGACGCGUUGUAGCAGGGCAGGGCAGGUUUUUCAUGCAAGCAGAAAUGAAAUGGUUUCAAUGUUUGAUAGACGGAUCCUGGCACUCAUGCAGUCUCUACGUCAGGUGGUCUUAAGUCACGUACAUGUCUGAGGUGUCCUUGGGGAGAGGAGAAGGAAAUGGCAGUGGUUCUCGUGGGGGCACUCACUGGUGUGGUCCCUGCUUAGUUAAAACUGUCAGCUCUGACUUCGCUCGUCUCACAGAGAUUAAAAAAGAACGCUGCAGAGAGGCCAAGCCUGAGGCUAACAGUUCUCCUAACGCAGGCCCGGCGAGGCUGCGUCUCUGUCUGUGCCCGCCGCGUGCCCUGCGCCUCCUCCGACUCACCUGCAGCUUGCAGAGCCCCGGGACGAGACUUCUCCUCCUUCCUCCUGCCUCCU